AUGAGUUUCUUCCCCGAAGUUUCAAUUCUUUCCCGGUCAUUCGAUGAGUGGAUGAAUCUCAUUUAUGAUAAUAGAGAGAUGUGCAAGAAACCUGCUCCAAUAGGAUACAAUUAUGGGUUAACUGGUGCUCAUCUAGUUGCAUUUCCUAUUUAUGUUAUGGCUUUUUAUACCUUAUAUGAAGAGAAGUCUCCGAAUUUCAAGAUCUACAAAAAGUAUCUGGCCACUCAUGUUGUCAGCAAUUUCCUAUUUGAACUUCAUCUAUCUGUCGUCAUGAAACCUGUUCUCUACCUACCGUAUCCCACUUUACGAAUGACCGGAGCAUUCUUUUUCACAUAUAUAAAUGGAUUCUUUAUGUUUUUCAUAUUCUAUUUCUUCAUCGCUUCUACUGGAUGGUCAAUUCUAGAACUACUCUAUUACCGGUUCAAGUUGAUUUCAACCAACAAUCUCUGUUCAAAAUGGGUCAGGAAAUCUGCUUCAAUUGUUGAAGGUGGCCGACAUACCCUCGUUGUAUUCUCCGGGUGCACCUUCUGUUUUUUGGGACUUUGUGUCACUGGAAUGUUUGAACAAACUAAAUACAAACAGAAACUAGAGAUAAUAAACGAGUACCCGGAACUCCUUUGUACUUCUGCAAUAACACUUCCGAAAACCACAAAUGAUGGCAUCAAGCCAAUCCAUCUUUUCAACGUUUCUGUUCUUGCUUCUACAAUUCUCGGCUCAUUUUUAUGUGCAACAAUGGGAGUUGUUUCCUUCUUAGCCCUGGAUGAAAUGGUCAAAGAAUCUCAGUCAUCUAUGAGAACUAUCGCAAUGCAUCGAUCGUUUCUUGUCAGUUUAUUCUGUCAAAUUGGUGUUCAUGGAGUCAUGAUGGGAUUCCCGUUAUUUAUUUAUAUUGUUUCAAUUAUUUUCCAUUUCGAGGGUAACGAAGUUGGAUACGUGGCUAUCGUAUUGGCAUCUCUCCACGGGGCAAUGAGUACAUUGGCAAUGAUUCUGUUCAAUCGACCACUUUUUCAUCUGGCGAAAUCAAAACUUCAAUCCAUUUUCUUUCCAAGAAACAUAUCAGUUGGCGAUGUGUCUUUGGUGUCCAGUAGUUUAUCAAGACCAAAUGAUAGUGUUCGAAACGGAAGUUGA